CAUGCGUUUGUGUAGUAACCUCACUGGUUUGUACAGCAUGAAGAUUGCAGUAGAAGGCUGUUGCCAUGGAGAGCUGGACAAGAUCUAUGAGACGAUCACCUACCUGGAGAAUAAGGAAGGUGUAAAAGUAGACCUGCUGCUUUGCUGUGGAGACUUUCAGGCAGUGCGAAAUGAGGAAGACAUGGAGUGCAUGGCAGUCCCAGUCAAGUACAGGACAAUGCAGACCUUUUAUAAAUACUACUCUGGAGAAAAGACAGCUCCAGUUUUGACUAUCUUUAUUGGUGGGAACCAUGAGGCUUCCAACCACCUGCAGGAGCUGCCUUAUGGGGGCUGGGUGGCCCCUAACAUUUAUUAUUUAGGUUAUGCUGGUGUUGUUCGCUACAAAGGGAUUCGAAUUGGUGGCUUAUCUGGAAUAUUCAAAUCACACGACUACAGAAAGGGUCACCAUGAAUUCCCUCCAUACAAUCCUGAAACCCUUCGAAGUGUCUACCACACAAGAAAUAUUGAGGUUUUCAAAUUAAAGCAGAUUCAGAUGCCACUGGACAUCUUUAUGAGCCACGAUUGGCCUCGGGGCAUCUGCUACUAUGGAAAUACCGAAGAAUUGUUGCGAAAGAAAAGGUUUCUUCGUCAAGAUGUGGAGUCAAAUGCUCUUGGAAGUCCUGCUGCUGAAGAACUCCUGGCUCACCUCCAGCCCGUCUACUGGUUCUCUGCCCAUCUUCAUGUCAAGUUUGCUGCUGUUAUGCAGCAUCCGCCUAAAGGAAACGCUGCUUCACGUGUAACUAAAUUCCUGUCUCUGGAUAAAUGUCUGCCCUACAGAGAGUUUCUGCAGAUUGUGGAUCUUCCAGAUAGACCAAGUUCAUCUGAGGGUCUGGAAUAUGAUCCAGAGUGGCUUGCUGUUCUGAAAGCCACCAACAGUUUACAGAGGACCACUCCUCAGCUUUGGAACCCCCCAGAGAAUAAUGGCUUGCACGAAAGGUGGGACUUCAGCGCUUCAGAGGGAGACAUUAUGCAGGCGGAGCAGCACUUGGGGGAAGGAGGAGGAGGAAGAUGAAAAUGUAGAUGAGCCCAGCGAAUAUCCAUCUGAUACUUCAGCAUUGUCAAGUUCUUUUAACCCAGAUCAGAUCACUAUAGAGGAUGAAUGGGAGGAAGAAGAGGAAGAUGAAGCAAAACCCACAGAGAGGGCAGAUACGAUCCCUGACCUUCAUACACCCAGCCGAUUGAUUCUUCCUGAGCCCAAAUCUGGUCUCUUAUCCAGUCCUGACUCCCACCUGAUGGACUUGCCACCUCCUUCCCAUUCUACCCCGAAAGCUGCUCCUCCACAGGAGGAACAGGAUAACAGAGACGAUGAGUCCCCAGCUGCAUGCAUUCUGAAACGAAACAUCAAGAGCGAACCAAGCAGCAGAGACACAACCCCCAAAAUCAAACGCAGGAAUCAGGACCUCUAUAAGGCAGAGCCUGAAGACGAGCUAUAGGAACCAGGACCUCUAUAAGGCAGAGCCUGAAGACGAGCUAUAGGAACCAGGACCUCUAUAAGGCAGAGCCUGAAGACGAGCUAUAGGAACCAGGACCUCUAUAAGGCAGAGCCUGAAGAUGGGCU